UACGUUAACAAACGUAUUUUCUAAUAAACAAUUUUUUAUAAGAUUUGUUGAAUAUGAUAUAGCUCACAAGAUAACAAGUUAUGUUUCACUGUAAUAUAUUAUACAUGUUAAUUUACAUUAUUACAAAUACAGAAGCCUCGUUUAUGUCAAGAAGAAAGAAUCAAUAUAAGUAUGUACCAAGUGAGGAAAUAUUCAGUGCUACUAACGAUUAUGAUGUUCUUGAUUAUGAUAUAAACAAAUGGCCUGGCUACUAUAUUCAACAAAAAAAAUUAUCAAUACCUGAUGACGUAAUUCCUGCAAGGACAACUACCGAUAUGAAACGUAAUACUUUACGUACUCUGUUCCCACCAACAAAACCAACAACACUCCCAUAUUUAACACCAAAAAUAACUGGCGAAAGAAAUACUGUGUUUCAUGAACGUAACUUAACGAAAAACCUCCCUUGGUUGUUUGAGAUUACUGUACGAAAAAUUACGAAAAGCACAACUACAAAUGAAUUAAUGAUAAGCUUAAAUCUCGAUGUAGAAUCGAGAGGUGAUUCAAAGUAUCCUGUGACAAUAAUAAGGAGUACACGGAGUGAUAUAAAAAACUAUCUUAGACAGCACAAAGUCAUACAGUGUUAUUAUUGUGGAAUGCAAGACGAGGGAUACCCCGAAGAGUCGAGUUGUUACCGAGUAUUUGAUUGGGCAGAUAAAAGGUUCCACAUAAAUAGAUCAUAUAGUAUAGAAAGUUGUAAUGAGUUAAACGCUGAUGAAGAUUUUGAACGAGGUUGUUUUAAACGGUACCUUGACAUUGGAAAUCAGUACAUCGAACGGGGCUGUCGAUUUGAUCCACCAGCAAUUGGCAGAAGUGUAGUUUCUGAAAACUUUGCAAUUUUAGAAAAAGUAUUAAAGACUACGAAGGAAGGGUGCACAUAUUCUCCAGCGGCUGUUCUCACACCAUUAAGUAAAACAGUUUCAAUCUAUGCACGAUAUUUUGUCUGCGUAUGUGUCGAGGAUUACUGUAAUAAUGCAAUUAUUAUAUCUCCGAAGUUUAGAAUAACCUUAACUUUGAUUGUUAUAUUUUAUACAAUUAAACUUUACUGAUAAUGUUUAAUCCAUUAAAAUUCAGCCAUCAACAGAAACGAUUAUA